AUACCACCGAUGGCAGAAGGAAGAAGGAAGCCAGUUGACUCUUCGGCACAGCAUGGGGCAAGAGGAAAGGAAGGAGUGGCUCCAGAGAAAGAAGGAAGCCAGCCAGGAUUUUGAAUGCACUACUUUGAUGGAGCAGGAAUCUAACACUCGCUUCCAGUUUUUGAAGCCAUGAAUCCAUUCAUCUACCAAUAUUGGGCAGCACAGAAGACCAGGCUACUACAAAACUGAUCCAGGACAUAUGCCGACCCAGGUGACCACAUGCUGUCAAUGCUCCUGUCCACAUAAAGACGGUGUCUGCUUUUGUUGGAAGCCAGCUGAGAGUACUGUUCGUGGGAAACCAGAAGACAAAUGGGUUUAAGCUGAACUAAACUACAUGCUAUAAGCCCAUCAGGCAUAAAUGGGGAGAAAAGAAGGGCUGAAUAUAUCUGUACAAAAAGCAUUUCCCAAAUAUCAUUCUUUGGUGCCACUGCAGCUUAAAACUAAAAACCAGCGUCACCCUCAGGUGGAAAGUAUAGGAAAGGAAAUGAAAGUUGGCCAGCCAAUGGGAGAUCUAGAUGCGGGUGAAAACUGGCUUCCUGUCUGACUUACCACUUCCUCUUGUGUCAGUGAGACACAACAAGGUGCACAGACAUUAUUGCAGCAUCUCUCCAGUACAGCCAGAGACCAGCUAUGGAUAAAGAUUACGUUGGUUUUGCUACUCUGCCCACACAAGUCCACCGAAAAUCUGUGAAGAAAGGGUUUGACUUCACUCUCAUGGUAGCAGGAGAGUCCGGUCUAGGAAAAUCCACCCUUAUCAACAGCCUUUUCUUGACAGAUCUGUAUAAGGAUCGAGUGGUUCCAGAUGCAGAAGCCAGGAUCCCCCAGACUCUGGAAAUUGUCAAACAUGCUGUAGAUAUUGAAGAAAUGGGUGUGAAAGUGAAAUUGACAGUGAUCGAUACCCCAGGAUUUGGGGAUGCAGUGGAUAAUUCGGAAUGCUGGAAGCCAAUUGCCAACUACAUUGACUGCCAGUUUGAGCAGUAUUUUCGGGAUGAGAGCGGCCUGGACCGCAAGAACAUUCAGGAUGGACGUGUCCACUGCUGUCUCUAUGUCCUGUCACCUUUUGGACACGGGCUCCGCCCCCUAGACAUAGCAUUCCUCCAUGCCAUCCAUGAUAAAGUCAAUAUUAUGCCGGUAAUUGGAAAGGCUGACAGCUUGACUCCAACAGAAGUGCAACACAAGAAAGAGAAGAUCCGACGAGAGUUAGUAGAAAAUGGGAUCAACAUUUAUGAGUUCCCCGAUUGCGACUCAGACGAAGAUGAAGAGUUCAAAGCUCAGGAUGCUGCAAUGAAGCAUAGCAUCCCCUUUGCUGUAAUUGGAUCUAGUCAUGUGGUCAGAGAGUUGAAGGACAAAGUGUUCCGGGGGAGGCAAUAUGCUUGGGGAACAGUGGAAGUGGAAAACUCCGCUCACUGUGACUUCCUCAAGCUUCGGAACAUGCUGAUCCAAACCCAUAUGCAGGACUUGAAGGAUGUGACCCACGAAGUGCAUUACGAGAACUACCGUGCACAGUGCAUCCAGAGUCUGGCCAGGACUGGGGUUCGGGACCGCAGCAGCCGCGCGAAGCUGUCACGCCAAAGCGCUACUGAGCUUCCAAUGCUGCCUCUGGCUGACGCAGAGAAGCUGAUUCGUGAGAAAGACGAGGAGCUCCGCCGGAUGCAAGAAGUGUUACAGAGGAUGCAGGCACAGAUGAUGCAGAGCCAGGGGGAGCAAUCUGACAGCCUCUGAGGAGAAAUGGCCCCCUCCACCCAUCCAAGGGAAUCCUGGGAGAGAGAGAGAGAGAGAUGCUCUAACCUGCUUCUAUGUGGCCCGUGACCAAGGAGGCCCUCUAGACCUUGGAGAUGGCAGUGUCCCGUGUUGGUGGGUACAUUGUGUAUUUGAGCGAUUGAGGCAGCAACACUUAAGGGAUCUUUCGUUUAAAGCCCUCUUCCUACUGUAAAUCUUGGUGCCAUCCCACCGGCACAGUAUUGAUUCAAUAAAAUGUGAGACUGAUACAAUGAAAAUAAAAUAUAUUUUUCAUGACUUCAA